GGGGCGGCUUCAUUCCAGGUUGUGAUUCCGCGCGGAGAGGACGUUUACCCAGUGGCAACGUUCACGAGAGACUGCAAGCGUGAUACCAUUCCGAAGCUGACUGUUAGUUUCUUUUUCUGUUUUCCUCCCGCCGGUUCUUCAGUGAGUGUUCAUCUCUAGUUACCUCUCGCGGAACUGAGUAGUGAUUCGACUGCUGUGAACUGACCUAAUUCUGUGGUACUUUGGGAAGAUCGUUUCCGCUGCGACCUGAGAGUGAUUCGACAUCGGUCAGGAGUGUGUGCAUGCGUCGAACUGUAACGAGUUUAACAUUGACAUACUUGGUUCUGGCAGCCGGGGCGACGUGUUCGGUGCGAACCGUGCAGCACUGAGACGAAAGCAACAACGGAGCUCAAAGUGAGAAGCGACACUUUUUCCGCCGACAGCAGACUUUCUAUCGACUCGGACUGCCCGCGUUCGGCCGCGCAUCGACUUGCCAGCGCAGCACUCGCCACAUCGACCGGCAGCCAAGGCGCUUUAUUUAUAAACACUCGAUCGGCCAGCGCCGCAUCAGAAGUGGCUAACCGGCAGCGGCGCCAUCUCGAGACCGUAGCAACGUUUCGAGGAAGUGAGUUUGGAGCUCGGCUGUCACCCCUGCGUCCAGGCUGCAGGAGUAGUUACUACCGCACGAGACUGUCGUUACACACCUAGGUGUCUGAUUGGUGGAGAGGAGAGUGACUGGUCCAUUUUUGGAAGCAGUUGAAGGUGAGUGUAUUGGAGUGUUUGGAAGCUUUUCACGUGGGACUGUCCAGUAGCAGACCGGCGCCAUGGCGUUUAUGAUGCCCGUGGUGAAGAACGACUGGGAUAUUUACAAGACAGGAAGGUCGAGGCGGAGUUCGGAGUGUUCCAACCCCCAGUCGUGCCCCCGCUCGAGGAAGGUCAGCGAGUGCAGCAAGUCUGAAGGCCCCAGCCUGUCGACGUCCCCAGGGAGCGACUUUGUGGUGGGUGGAGUGGCCUCACCGGGCCACCAUAGGGCUUCGGUGCCGGUCGCCAUGUCCUCCAUGAGCCGGCAGUUCUCCAGCAGGGCGUCAUCCAGGGCGUCUCUCCAGUCGCCGUGCAAGUCCGCUUCCUGUUCGCCCCCGAAGGCGGCGAGCCUGCACGCUGGGGGCGGGGGCCACCACGGGGGCGGCGGGCACCACCACCAGUCGUCGGCGCCGGCGGCGUCUAGCUCCGCCUCGCAGAGCUCGCUCAACAAGUUCCACUCGCGGCUGGUGGACAAGCUGAAGCGGUCGGUGCUGCGCAAGGAGAGCACCGUGACGCCGCCCCCGGCGGGAGCGGUCGCCGCCUCCUGAGGCGAGGAGACGGCGGAGGACGCGCUCGCCCUGGCGGCGGCAGUUUCUUCGUCGGCGUCCUCCACGGUCUCGGUCCCGUCCCCCGGGGGUGGCGCCGGCACUGCCCCCGGGGGCGGCGGCGUACCCAUACCGGGGGCGGGUGGGCGCCGCCACGGCCAGCAGCGCGUCGCCAGGUCGUUCCCCGGCACGGGGCCGUCGUGGGGUGGAGGACGCUACUAACUGGCGCCGCUCGCGGAGGAGCCCGGGGGCGGCGGCGACGCUGCCUUCCGCCCCCGCGACCGCCCCCGCAGCCUCCAUCGCCGGUGACGACGGCGGCGCGGACGGCGCCAGCCUCUGCAGCGCAGGUUCGCCAGAAACGCAACGCAACCCUCUGGGGGUCAACCGCUGACGCAGCUGUCUCCGAAUGCUGCACCGCCACUUGCUCCAGCUUAAGAGGUCUGCAUGUCACAUCUGCUGUAUCGUAUUAUUCAGUUCCACAACUGCUCCUCAAGCGAUUUCAAAAGUACGUUACUGUAUCUUAAUCUUUAAGCCUUCAUAGGCACUACCGCGAGAGCCUUUCUAGUCCCAUUAAAAUCCUUCUCAAUAUACUGCCACAUCAUGUUACAAUAUACAUGAAAUGCUAAAAUACUUAAAGGCUGACGUUUCAGCUGUGUUGCAAGUACCGUCCUCAAACAUAUUCUUUGGGGAAGACCACUGCAACAUUAUUGAAACGUCAGCUUUUUGGUGUUUAAGCGUUUUAAGUAUUUUAUAACAUUGUGUAACAGUACACACAGACGGAUUUUAAUGAGAUUCGUAGGUUCUGGUUACGAAAACCAAAUUGUCAUGCUUAUAUGGUCACAUACUUCUUCAAUUUUAUAUGCUCAAAAGUUUCACUCAUAAUAUCAAGACCUUUCUUAUGAGUAAUUCCAGUAGUGUAAUGAGCAGACUGAAGUGUCUUACUUUUAUUACAGUCACAGAUUCCUUUCUACUCAUUCUCAGCUACUUCCAAAUUGAACAUGGCUGAUAUUGAUGAUGAAAUAGAGAUGCUUUAACAAUAUAUAUAUACGAAAACGAAUGCAAUUACUCAAAAGUGGUAAUACUGUAUAUGUUGUAAGGAUAUUGUGACUGUCUUAAAAGGUCAUUUUAUGAAUCUUGAUGCAUUGGGAAAUGAUGUGGCCAUACAGCUCAGAAGAUCUGCUUGUGACUAAAAACUUUUCUAAAAACUUUUGCGGUAUGCCUGUUUGGAAAUUUCAUUUAAUUAAUUAUAAAAAGUUCACAACAUCAGCACAGCACUUCCUGCAUCUUCCCGAAAUUCACAAGCCUGUAAGUGAUGUUGACUCUGUCAUAUUACCCAGUUCAUAGGCCUUCACAGAUGUGAGCCUACAUAAGUCAACAAGGUAUUGUGGCACUAUUAUUCCAAAUAAAAUAAUCUGUGCAAUUACACAAAUGACUUUUUUCAAAACUGAAGAAGUACACAUUACUUUUCAGAUAUAUUAGAAAACUAGUGUUUUGUUCGAUUCCCUGUGUAUUCUGGGGGAACAAGUACAAAACUACAAGGCCUUGUCUUAUCAACUUCAGAAUUUUUACUAUUUUUCCGUUGUUGAAGGGUUUGGCAUUAUGGAACAAUAUACUGAAACAGUACCUUCAAUGAUUUUUCCCUCAGGCACAGUAUGACAUGAAAUUGAGAUGAUGUGCUUAAACAGCCUGUUGGUACCUUCUAAAGGUUACAUGGUAUUAUGCUAUAAAAUUUGUGUAUCAGUUUAUAGCUGGAGCAGGCACUUUGUUUUAAAACCCUGCUAAUUUGGCUACCUUCACCACAAAUAUUAUGUGAUAAUGAAACAUAAUCAGUGAUUAAUUAUAAUAUCCAACUUAAUGUCUCAGCCAUAGAUGUUGGUAUUAUAUCAUGUAACAUGGGUGAUACAUGUAGCAAAUGUAUUGUAACUGAAAACAAAAUGUAGAAUAAAACCACAUUUAAUGUCAUGGAUCAUAAUUAUUGAAGCAUUUGUGAUACCAGAAUCUUUUAUGGAAAUGAUCUAUAGACUUUCAGCCAUCAUCUCUUGCACAACUGAAAUUUGAAACAUUUGUACCAGAUAAUUAUGAUUUCUGUCCUGCUUGGGCAACAUUCAUGUCAGUUCUGCUUGCCAAUAAUAAAGCUAAUUGUGUGGAAUGUGUCUGUGCUGGUGUAGUGAUAUUAUUAGGUACAUUAAUGUGCCUCACAAAUUCCUUUCAUAAUGUGGAGAACAAUCAAUGACAAUAACAUUUAAUUAGUAAGAGGGUAAUGCAAACAACCUUUUACAGCAUUUUUUAUUAAUUUGACUGACUACACUUUGAGAAAUAAGUAAUUAGCAGUUAAUUUGAUGGGAAUCAGAUUCAAGUGACAUAGAAUAUGUGAACAUAUUUACAUUGUAGCAGACAAUUGCUUUGGAGUUUGAUGACAACACAUGGGCAGUUUCAGAUAGAAUUGUCAUUUUUCUUUGUAUUCCAAAUUUUGUGUCCAAAUGGCGGUGCUACAUUUUGUGCAGCCAACAGAACUCGCAAAUUUAUCAUGUACCGUCGGCCGUGCACCAGCCUGAAGAAUGCACUGACAAACGUUUGUAUAUAUUUUUAGUGCAGAUGUGGAAAUUAAUGCUUGUUUACAUAUUUUGUGCAGUGUGUCACAUAGCUUUCUCCACAGUGCCAUUGUUCCAAAUACCUAUAUAGGAAUGCAUGUUGCUGUCAUUCAGAUUUUUUGAAAAUAGUUUCUCUAAAUUACAAUAACAUGUUUUAAGCAUGCAGCAUUUGAAUACCUUUGCUCAGUGAUUAUAGAUUCAAAUGCCUAAGUACUUCUGUUAACUAUCAUAAAUUUUUAAGUAUGUCACAAACCCUACUUUUCCCGUUAUUAUAUUUAUUGACUUAUGAAGGCAACAAAACCAUUUCUGUACUAUUUAAUUUGGUGCCUAAAUAUGAAAAACAAUGUUAUAAGGCAAAAACUGUAUGGUCUUGAUUGUCUCUGUCGUACAGUGCCCUGUAUUUCCUUGUGACUGAAAUUAAGUACUUACUUUUUUAAAUAUUUUAAUUUAACUUCAACUAGAUAUUUUGCUUACUGCAGUUAAAUUGUAAAUUAGAAAUACAAAGUUUGUUCUAGGCUCCAUCAUACUGACAGGUGUAUCUCUGCUUCUUCAACAGCUGACAGCUGUAACAUAUGUCAGUUGUAUUCAUACACACUGCCAUAAAAUGUGAAUGCUGAUCCUUUUUGCAGUGCACAGUAUUUUUUAAUUAUUAUUUCAACAAGAGGGUUGACUGUCUUUUGAAUGCAAAUGUUCAAUAAGGACAAAUAUUUGUUAGCUUUAAUUUUUUCAUGACUGAGUAUAUGGAUACCAAGCUUCAUAGUUAUAUCUGUAGUUUCUGUCUGUGUCUGAACGAAAGGGGUUCAAUUGUGCCUUCAAGUUCAUGGCAACUUGUUACUGGUUUCUCUAGUCUGCCUCAUGUAGGCUAAAAUGUAUCUUUUGUGGUUAAGGUUCAUGGCCGACGGUCACCUAGCACUAGCUCCCAAGCAUAAGCAUAUAGUUCCUCAAAAUGCGAUACCCCUUGCUUGACCUCGCCUUAUCGUGGACAUUAAUACGUCCAGUGCCAAUGGUUAACUUAGUGUCUGGCAAUGCGUCUUUAAGUACUGUAGAGUUUAUUAGCAACAUAAAGUGUAAUGGAUGUACUGUAUGUUAAAAUAUUUAGUUUUUUGCUACUAAAGAAAACUUUGUGCUGUACAACACAGCUGCAGUAAUAUUUUGGAAGCAUCUAGCAAGUCAGAAGCAGCCUUGCCAGUCUUUUCUGCCUUAGGCAUUAAUUUACAAAAAUGAAAACUAUAUUAACUGGAACAAAAGUUGCCUUUAAUGAGAACAUAUAACAAUAAGACUUUAUGAACUAACAGUCUGAUUAGAAAGGGCAUCUUGUUGUGAAAGAAGCUUGACGUGGGCUUUCUUGUAUGGAUGAAUGUUUCCUACCAUAGGUAACAAAUUAAUCAAUUCAAAGUCUUCUGAAAUUACAUAGAAUUAUCUUGCAAUUAAAUUGACUUUACCUCUGUAUUUAUCUCUCUCAGUAAAACUUGAUUUCAGUUUAUAAAUUGUUAUUCCACAUACAUUGAUUAUAAAACCUUGACACAGUUGCAUCUUCUUGUGUGAUAUGUUCCUCUUUGUGUCAAUGUUACAAUUCUGAGUCUACUUUCAGUGUAAAAAUGUAACACACAUUUUACUAUUGUAUGUAUGAUUCAAAUCAGAAAGCUGUGUUGGAGCUAGACUGCUGGGUGCCAACUUACAUAGUAUAUAUUUUUUGUUCUCUCUGUGAUGAGCAGUGGAUCAGUUGGAUUCUACUGUAAUACUUUUCUUAGUCCAUACUUGGUAGCUUCAUAGUUCAUAGGCCUAUAUAGCAUUUGCCAUUAUUGGCAAAAUAUAACUUAAUGUUGAUUCUUUUAGAGUAUAUCCAAAUGUAUUUGACAAAAAAGACUUGAAAGAUGACCUCACAUUGUAAUGAGGGGUCAAAACGUAUUUAUUGGUGAGCUUUUAAUAGGGUUUCUCUGUUUUAACUUGAGAGAACUUCAGUUACUUAUAUCAUUUUAUUCUGCAGUUAUGCAUAAAUUCACACAGACUGAUGCAAGUAGAAUGUAUGUGUAAAAUUUAGAUAUAAUCCAGCUUUCAUUAUUCAUUUGUAUUAAUCAUUGUAUGUUGCACCCUCAUAUCAUGCAAUUUAAAUGAUAAAACCAAAUAAAAAUGAUACAUUCCAGAUAAAUAUGUAAGUUAUUUUUUCUAUUGAAUGAAUUGGAAAAAUAUGCACAUAGUAAAAAUUGUUGCCAAUUGUGAGAUUUAAAUUGCUGACAACUAAAUCCAUAACUGCUCAGUUAGGUCUUAAAAUGCAUAAUUUCAGCUGUAAACAUUCAGUAGCUCUGUUCAUCAUUCAUUUUAUGUUUGUGUUAGUGAUUUGUUGAUUAUUGACUGUAAUGUUUGCAAGAAAGAUAUGUUGUAGAUCUGAGAAAUGUGUGAGCCUAAUGUUUUUAAUGAAUGAGUUUUGUAUACAUUUGUGUAACAGAUUGAUGUAACCACAAAAAAUCCAUAUCUCUACAAUAUAUGUGUUUAAAAUGAAA